AUGGAGCAGGAAGUUGAGGGUGCAAGGCACGGAGGAGGCAGUACGGCAACUGUGGAAGUGGCAGAGUCAGAACCAGCUGUGGAAAGUGGCAAAGAUCCAAUUCUUGCUGGAGCUGAAGGUGAAAAGAAAGAAAAAGGGCAUAGAGGGAAGCAUAAAUGUCCAUUCCCAUCCUGUUCUGCCGAAGUAAUUCAUCUUCCGCGGCACAUGAGACAAGUGCAUAGAUGGGACAAACCGAAUAGUGCAGGUGUUGUAAGUGCAUUCAGCCUACGGAAACCCAGAAAAGGCACCGGAAAAUCAACGCGGAAACAUAAAGUUUGCCCUGUAGAUGGCUGCAUGUCUGUUGUGAAAAGAAUUCAUAACCACCUCGUUGACUUCCACGGAAGUAACGUAUAUAAAAGAAGCUUAAAGUCAGCUGUUCAUCACCAAGUGAUUGAUAUUUCUUCUGAGUCGUCAUGUGAGUCAUCUUCAAUCGAUGAAGAAGAACUGCGUUCUUAUAAAGAAAUAAGUAAAGCUCCAAAAAGAAAAGAAAAAAAGAAAGAAGGCGAGAAAGUCAAGAAAGUGAAGCAUGAAAGUAUAUUCAAGAAAGUUUAUUCCUCAGACGAUGAAGAUGACAGUGACUACCCUUCGAUUUUUAGAGGACCGUGCACCGAGAAAGAAAGAGAACAUUCCCAUGAAUUGUCAAAUGCUGAGGAAUCGCCUAUGCCUGAGAGAGACGAAGAAAUGUCAGAAGAGCGGUCCAGUGAAAAACAAGAAACUACUGACCAAUCCUCGAGUGAUGGCAGUUACAUUGAUGACAGUGAGGUAGAGAGUGUCCACUUGAGUUCACCGCUAGAUAUGUUACCAGAUGAACGUGUAUUUAAACAAUUUGAAGAGUGGCUUCAAACUGCUGAUGGGGGUAGAAGAGAAAAACCGAUUGCACAACAGUGCUCUCGGCAAAUUCAAUUGGUGAUACAAUACAUUUGUCCGGAGAAACCAAACCUGAAAGAUAUUCUGGAUAGAAAAACACUCAGGGACAAAUGGCUGCACAAGUUUGAGAAGGAGAGACGUCCUGGCACAGUAAAAUCAUACCUUGGUGCUUUGCGGCAGUUUUAUUCGUUUCUGGAAUGUGAGUCUCCCAUGAAUAUCGAUGCCCCUCCAAAAGCACUAAGUGCAUUAAUUGUGCAGAUGGCGCAGUGGAGCAAAUCUUACCACAAGUUGGUGAAAAAUCGCUUUUGGGAGAAACGUAUGGACGAUUUGGAGAAACUACGCAAACCUGAACAGAUCCAAAAGUUCAUCUCCUCGACUGUUGCCAGAGCAGCUUUAAAGACUCUUGGGGAGUACCAGGAAAAAUCUGAUGGGACAAUGCCCAGCCAGACCGAGUACACUGCAGUAAGGGAUUAUUUGCUGACAUCUAUCUGCAUAAACAAUGGUAGCAGGUCGGGAGCAUUAGCCAACAUGACAGUUGGUGAAUUCAGAAUUGCACAGGCAUUGGAUGGCAGCUUCGUGGUGAAAGUGAAGAAGCAUAAAACAUUCACAACACACGGUCCAGCCAACAUCGUUUUAUCACCCAUGCUUUACAACUGGAUGAACAUCUUCAUCAAUAAGUUCCGUUACCCUGUGGCUGAUAAUACAUCCAAGAAUGGUGAAACAGUCUUUUUGACGUGGAGCAACCGCCCUAUGGAUUCCUCCCACGUCGGUUGCCAGAUAGACAGUGCAUGGGGGAAGGUUUUUGGCAAAGAUGCUGCUACUGGUGGAGCGACAGCAUUCAGAAAAGCAGCUGUUUCUGCUGUCCAUCGCAGCGAUAAAUCUAGAAGAGAGGACUUGGCUGGGUUGAUGGUCCACAACAAGGCAACAGCUGACCGCUACUAUCUUCUGGAAGAAAAGGCCGCUGCAGCAGUUAAAACGUCUGAAUUUCUUUCAAACGUUUUACAUGCCAAAGCUCCUGGUGCCAAAGAUAAUGAAGUUGGAGAAGAUACUGAAGCUGAAAAAGAUACUGAAGCUGAAAAAGAUACUGAAGCUGAAAAAGAUACUGCAGCCCAAAAAAAUGUGGAGGAUCCCAAUACGCCAUCGUCGUCACAAGAGUGGUCUACCGAGAAAAGACGGAAAUGGGGACCUGAAGAAGAGAAAGAAAUAAAAAGACUAUUUGUCAAUGAAAUCCGGAAUCAAUCUGUCACAAUGGGCAUAGUAAGGAAAAAGAUUAAAAACAGUCCCAUUGUUAAAAACAUACCAGUAACGAAACUACGUGACAAGAUUCGCACCUUCUUUGGAAGCAUUCAGCGUGAAUUACCCACUUUGCCGGAGGAGAUGUCCCAAGAUCGUUUAACUCGUGCAGGUUACACGGCACAAAUGGCUGAAACGGCGCAAUCAAACAACGAUUCUGGCAGUGAAUACCAACCCAGUGAAAUUGUUGCACCUAGCGUUGUUUCACCAACAACAUGUACAUCGAAGAAAAGCUCACAAAAGCUGUUUGUGGACAAUGAAUAUGAUGACUUCUGCGAAUUAUUCAAGGAUCUUAUCCAAAGCAAGAAACCAAUCAGUAAACAAUUGAUGAAGGAAAGGCUGGAAGGGUCACCGAACUUGCGUCACCUGCUGAAGAAAUGUACCUUGCUUCAGCUUGCUGAUAAGGUCAGGACAGAACGGAAGCGGCACACUGCACAGAAAUGUAAGUACGUCACUUGUAUCAUAGCCUGGCUAGAUAUUUUUUCCCAGAAAUUCAUUACCUUUUUUACUGGUUUAAACUGAUGUAGAGCAGCAGCUGCAUAUGCUGCCAAAGUUUCAUGUGAUUUGGUUACGCAAAUGGCCGUUUUCCAUUGCAACCAUAUGGUAGCGAAAUGUAGCGUAAUUCCAGCAUUGUUUCAAAGUUAUUAGUUCUAGCCAAGUGUUUAGGAAACAAAGAAAUAUGCAACGUUACGCUACAAUAUCAUUGAACUCAGGCUUUCUUGCCAUCCUACUUUUCCUACUUUUCUUCAACUUUCCUACUUUUCCUAUUUUUUGUUAAAAAUUGCUUGAUUUUCCUACUUUUUCCUACUUUUUCUCAUAAAAUCCUACUUUUUUAAGACAGCUUGGGGAAUCAGUAUGUUAUAGCUCUCGUAAUUAGAUUUAUAGGACUCGUAAUUUUUAUUCCCUAUUUGUGUCCCAGAUGAUAAGAUCUCAGGAGGAGAAGAAGUACAUUUUCCGAGUAUAUAACUUCAUAGCAUCUCUAGAAUCAUAAUCAAUGAAUUAAUAAAGACUCUGAAAGUGCCAUUUCCGACGAUCUAGAGAUUCCAAAUAUUCAACUCCCCCCCCCAGUUAAUCGAGCAUCAUAUAUACAGGGCCGUAGCAACCGGGGGGGGGGCAAUAAUUUGUUAAUGAUAAUUUUUUCAAAAUCAUGCAGACCUUUAUCAUUUAAUCCAUGACAAACUGCAAAGAAUGAAGAUACUACCCAUACUUUCCUGCAACUUAUCCAAUAUAUAGUUAAUUAAAUACGCCUUCGCCCAUUUAGUACUACUAAAUUGUAAAUUUCGACAUACUAAAAUCUUUCAAAUCUUCCCCCAAAGUCCAGGAAAUGGCAUUUCAGAGACUCUAAAUUUAAAAAUUUCCUCGGGCCUUCGGCCCUCGCUUUCAGCCCCCCCCCAAUCGAAAAGAGCUUCUUACGGCCCCGAUAUAUGCUCCUGCCGCAGUGUGGAUUGGUGUAUUGUGUAGCCCAAUACAUGCAUUUGAACUGUGUUGCUGCAGAGCAGAUGCCUUAGCUUUUAUACCGAUGCAAUUUAAAAGUUUUCGAGAAAAAAUCCUGCAAAGAUGAAUGAGUACAUAAAAAUAUUGAGCACCAAUAUCUACACCUUACCACAUAUAUCAUAGGGUGCCAAUUUUGUAUAUUUUUGUGUUAUUUGCAUCUCCAAAACUCCUACUUUUGUCCUACUUUUCUACACAUUUUCCUACUUUAUUCCUACUUUUCCUAAAAUUCUAGUCCUACUUUUGUCCUACUUUUCUACACAAGGAUGCCAGAAAGCCUGUUGAACAGGAAAACGGCCUUUAGUCAAUUCAGCUGAAGUACUUCUUUGUUAUAACAUAGGCUUUGUAGGUCGUUAUUUUUACAUCCACUACUACUAUAGCCGUAUAUACCACUUUUAAUGGUUCUUAUGUACCUAAAUCGAAAAUGUUGUUUUCCUUUUCCUAUGAUCAUACUUAUACCACUACAGUUGAGCCUCCAUUAAGCGUUCACAUAUAUUAACCAUUCCCCCAGGGUGAAGGCUCAAAUGGAGGUUCAACUGUUUGCUUAAGUUAUGAACACUGGGAUUUGGAAUAUUUUCGAAAACCUGCUCUUGCUUUCUUAACCAAUUACUUCAGGUGCCUCCAAAAAAUAACUCUUUGAUUACAAACUCUAAGCUAUAAAAUAUGUAGCUAUUACAGUUAAACAAAAUUGGUUGUAUGCAGCAAUCUAAGUUUUUGCCAUUUGCCAUGUGCAUUUUUAUGAAAUAUUAACUGAGAUAUCUGUAUUCAAACUGAAGUAAACAUUUGUUGGCAUUGGGGAGAAUUGGACAUAUCGCGUUAGUAUUUCAUGAAAAUGCACCUGGCAUGUAUUAAAAUUAAAGUUAGACCUUGACUGCAGUGACGUAUCUUAUCUUAUGCUAUGUUAUUUUCUAACCAAUGUCUUUUUUAUUCUGUAGAGGUUUGAUGGAGGUAUCUGUGGUAGUUCGUGGAUAAAUUAAACGAUUUUAUGCAUUAUUAAUGUAUGAACUUUAAAUAGUAAGAACUUUAUAGCAGGAGCUGUAUUCUUUGUUUGCAAUCUCGUGCUUUUUCAUCAUUUUCCUAUCAGAAUGGUUGUACCAAGAAAAACUGAAUGAUAAUUUAUCUUUUGGGUCUUAAACUGUCUCAAAACUUGAUUAGUGCAUUACAAUACACGUUUUUUAUCAUACCUGCCUGUCAACUGAAAUCCCCAAAUUACGUCAUUGCAAACAAAGAAUAGCGGGACUUUGCUGUGUUUUAUUCAUUUAUUUGUUACUAUACUUACCUUAUGUUACUGGGCUUAAGACUAGAAUCCUGACAUUGGACAAUGUUAUUGGAUGAUGCAUAUCAAUUCCAUGUAAUUUCCUUGUUAAAAAUACCAAUACCAGCCGACGAUUUCCAAAAUGUAAUACAAAACAUAAUCUGAAGACUAGCAUCAUGAAAGGAAAGAUAUGGCUUGAAAGAAGUGAGAAUGAGUUUUGUGAUAUUUCGAUUAUAUUGCCUAACUCAUUCCUUGGGUUUUCAAGAUGGUAAUCUUCAGAUUAUAUUUUCUAUUAUAUAUUUACCUUGUUCAUGAAAUAUAUAUUCCAUUGCUAUAAUAAAGCUUUUCAUUUUGGAAAUGGGGCUCAUUAGAAUGAGCCCUCAGUAAAACUAAAUGACUACAUAUUAUACUAUAUAAAAAUGACUAUAUACUAUACCUUAGUAUAGAGGGUUAAUGGGUCUUAAUUUCGAGUGGAAAUCAUACACAUGUCAAAUUCAAGCCAGGAACAGUUGAGAAAAAUUCAUCAACUAUUGGUCCUCCGGCAAUGAUUUCCACUCGAAAUUAAGACCCAUUAACCCUCUAGAAUUGAUCCUACAUCGAGUGAAAUGCCACAAAAUCAUAAUUGAUAUAUCUUAGUAUAAUUAAAUAGGUGAUUAUUGAAAAUUCUGCACACUGAUUGGUUGCCGUUCAGGUGAUUAUAAUGUGAUAAUCACCUAAUUUUCAAAAUGGCAGCCGAAGCCGUGUGUAUUAAAAUUUUUAUUUUUUGAUGAAGAAAUGUGUAUUUUUUUCCAAAUAAUCACCUAUGAAAUUAUACUAAAACAAUUAUUCACCUUGAGCUUGGUGAUUAUUGUGAUUAAAAACCUUGACUUUGUCUCGGUUUUUAUUCACCGAUAAUUACUUCGCCUUUAAUUGUUUGAAUAAAUUUUGGUGGUAUACAGGUAUCUGCAGUCAUUGGGACCACAAUUAUUUUGCCAAAAAAACCUUAAAGGCUCUUUUCCACUCGUCAUAAAAACCAUCUCGCAAGCUCGCUGGGGUAAUUUUGUCCAAUCACAAUGCUUGACAGUUUAUUUAGGUUUAGUUGUAAUAAGCUUUCAUACUAUACGAGGAAUUAAACAACAGAGCCAGCUCCAAUCAAGGUUUAACUCCUGAAAUUAGAUGCAAGCCCUUGCAGCGAGCUUGCAAGUUGAUUUUGUGAUGAGUGGAGAAGAGCCUUUAGUCUGUAAGCCCUAGGGCAAGGGCCAAGACUGUUAGACAUAUUUAUGACUGUAGUGUGAAUGUCAACUCCACUCAUGUUAUUCUUUUAAGGAAAGCAUUAUAUUUGACACUAUAUUAAUAUUAGGAAUAUUACAAUUUUUUAAGUACAAGUCAAUAAAAUAUGUCAAUUUUCUGUCCAUUUUUUUCUCUUGAUAUUCCAAGUUGUCGUAAAUGAAACAAACCUAAAAUAUAUAAAUAAAGUUAGUA